AUGAAUGUAUCUUCCUCGCAUAUUAAGGUGGCAAAGAUACCAGAAAGAGAACGAGGAUUUGGAACUCUGACGUCUAUUACUGAUGAUGUUCUUCAAGGCUGCCAAGCUGAUGAUUUACAAACCUUGCUUAGCGCAAUUUUGACCAACCAAGAAACUUGCUUGGAUGGGCUUCAAUACUCAUCAUCCUCAAGCAUCAAGAAUGCCCUAUUAGCUCCGAUAUCGACCUUAACCAUGCACUAUAGUGUUGCCCUUGCACUUUUUACUCAUGGUUGGGGUCAUGGCAUAGAUAGAUAUCUCACAAAAAGAGAGCACAUAUUUUUUGACUUGGAAGAUGGUGCAAGCGAAGGCUUACCAUUAUUAAUGCCAAGCGAGGAUAAACAAAUAUAUGAGUCGGUAAGCGGAAAAAGAGCUCUGAAAGCAUCAAAUAAUAGUGGUGUCUUGGUCAGGGAAGUGGUGGUUGUGGAUCUAAAUGGAUCCGGCAACUUUCGAACCAUUACCGGAGCCGUGGUGGCCGCACCGAAUAAAACCGUUGCUAGCCAUGGAUAUCAUCUGAUUUAUGUGGUCGCCGGGAUCUAUAACGAGUAUGUUUCCAUACCAAAAUAUAAGAAAUACCAGAUGAUGAUCGGAGCAGGUAUUAACCAAACAGUGAUUACUGGCGACCGUAGCGCAGGCGAUGGAUGGACAACAUUUAAUUCGGCAACAUUUGGUAAGCUAAUCAAAUCUAAUAUUAUGUGA